ACACACACACACACACACACACACACACACACACACACACACACACACACACACACACACACACACACACACACACACACACACACACACACACACACAUUCCCCAAAGCAGUAGCACAGUGUCUGUCCAUGCAGAGCUCCUACAAAGUUUUAGAAGGUUUUCCAUUGAUAGGACGUUGAUUCGACAGUACACCCGGGGCACGCGGGAGCCCCUGUCAGGAUUUAGUGGAUGAGUGACUUGAGCCCAACGCCCACACAAUAAUGUAGCCUACAGGGGUGCCUUGGACUCAAUUAGGCCUACGUCAGAGAGUCAGAGAGGUCUUUUGACGGGAGAGCGUGUGGGAUUGUUGUAAAUAGCCUGCCUGCCGAGCGCGCGCUGUCAGUGGUGCUGAACUCUUCAGACCACAGCCACCAGAGUAAAAGAACAUCUCAGUUUGUUCGCUCCUUUCACUGGACUUUAUUAUUUCAUCCAGAUGGGCAUUAUGCAAAAAUGAAAAAAUGAAAGGGCUUGUGUCAUUUUUUACUGCUCUGCUUGAAGGGAAGAAAAGGGGCUUCAGCAACUUCCUGCACAAACUGGUGUCCGACCACCAAAUCUUUCAGCACCUGGACGCCCAGACCAUCCUGCUGCAGGAGAGCCUGAGAGAGGAGAGGGAAAGAGAGGAGAGAGAAGAGAGGGAGGAGAGGGAAAGAGAGGAGAGAGAGGAGGGGGGAACAUCACGUCUGCCAAGUUUGCUGGAGGAGGAGACUCAGGUGAAGCCUUCUGAUUUCCAAUACCUGAAGGUCAUCGGCAAAGGAAGCUUUGGGAAGGUGGUGUUAGCGAGACACAGACAGAGUGAAAGUAUGUAUGCUGUCAAGGUUCUACAGAAACAGGUCAUACUGAGGAAGAAAGAGCAGAGACAUGUGAUGGUAGAGAGGAGUGUGUUGCUGAAGGGACUGCAGCAUCCAUUCCUGGUGGGGCUCCACUUCUCCUUCCAGACCUCUCACACUCUCGUCUUCGUACUGGACUACAUCAAUGGAGGAGAGUUGUUCUACCAUCUCCAGAGGGAGGGAGCCUUCCCAGAGCCCAGAGCAACAUUCUACUCUGCAGAGAUGGCCUCAGCCCUGGGCUACCUCCACUCCCUCAACAUAGUCUACAGAGACCUGAAGCCAGAGAACAUCCUAUUGGACAGUGGAGGUCAUGUGGUUCUGACAGAUUUUGGGCUGUGUAAAGAGGGCGUGUCUGUGGGUGGGACUAUGCAAACGUUCUGUGGAACCCCUGAGUAUCUGGCGCCAGAGGUUCUGUUAGGUCACGCCUACAGUGGAGUAGUGGACUGGUGGGGGCUGGGGAGUGUACUUUAUGAGAUGCUUCAUGGACUGCCCCCAUUCUACAGUCGCAGUAAGGCCGAGAUGUUUGAGAACAUCCUUCACGCCCCCCUGCAGCUCCAUACAAGUGUGUCCCAGUCUGCCCGAUCUCUGCUGCAGGGCCUGCUGGAGAGAGACUGUACCAAACGCCUUAGGGGGGAACAGGACCUUGCUGAGCUGCAGGGCCACACCUUCUUCCUGUCCAUCAACUGGGAUGACUUGCUAGCCAGGAAAGUCCCUCCCCCAUUCAUUCCCAACCUGUCUGGUCCGUGUGAUGUGCGGUAUUUUGACCCGGAGUUCACGCUUCUUCCAGUCCCCGCCUCCCUCGGUUUGAGUGACAUGUUGGGAGACGUAGCCAAUGGAGCCUUCCCAGGGUUCUCCUAUAUGCCUCCGGCUGAGGUUGGAGUUACGGAGCACUGAUAUCAUUCUGAUAUUAUUUGUGUUUUGAAUAAAUUAAAAUGCAUUUUCCUA